GUCUCCUCAAUGGAAACACCGAACCUGUUCCCUGUUCCACCUGGACAGGUGAGGCUGAGGGGGGCGGGCCUCUGGGAGCCCACAGCCAUCCGCACUCAGCUGUUCUACCUGCUAAUUAAAAACACAAACUGCUCCCUGUGGAGCAGCAGGAGCUGAGUGAUUUCAGAAACCUGCGUCCAGCGCAGAGGAAGGUGGGAGCAGCAGCAGGUGAGACGCUUCAGGUAAAUCUCUCAACAUGUCUUUAAUAAUAACGUUGUGAAUUAUUUAAUAGAAGAGCAAUUCAUCAGGUAGCAGCAUGGAGGUUCAGUCUGAUGAAGUUUUUACAUUGAUCUAUCAGAGAACCAAAUGUUUCAGUAACAUUCUUAAUUAUGUGCUUUUCACUCAACUUUGCUACUUUUCUAACUCAUAAUGUCAGUUAUUUUUAUAAACUCAGCCUGUUGACCCUCCUGUUUCCACUCAGCUUACAGGACGGUGAAGUUAUGAUGUGACUCAUAAUAUCUGACAGGUUGGACUGGUUUCCAGUCCACUCAGAAUUUAUGAGUAUAAAUUUGUUGCACCAAAAUGUCAAGUACAUUUUUAGAUUUAAUUUUUAGAGUGUACAUUCCUUUUGAUUUAUUCCGUUUAAACCUCUAACUCUGGUUGAAAUUAAAGAUUUAAAUACAUUUCUCACCAGUAAAAUAAAAUACAGUCGUUAUUAAUGCAAGGAAAGAACGUGCAGAGCUGACCGGCUCCGAGCCGAUCUCAGACAGAAUCAGUUCAGUUCAUGUUCAGAUGUAAAAGCUCCUCUCGGUUCUGCGGUUCUGCGGUCUGGAUUCCAGCGGCUCGUUCAUUAGCGAACCGUCAGAAGGGAAACGUGACGACGGACAGACGGCCUGCAGGUUCCGAGGAGAACCGGGCCUGGACCGCUGUGUGCCGCCACCUGGCGGUCAAACGUCCGCCGGUCACCAGUGGCGCCGCCAGCGGACCGGGGGCCUCGACCCCACCGCAAUCCUGGUGGCCCCCAGAGAACCAUCUGGCCACCAUUUUGAAAACUUUCUGGAGGCGCCAGCGGUGAUCACCAUCAAUCAGAACCAGAACCAGAACCAGAACCAGAAUGUUUUCUAUCUAAACCGGACUGAACCCAAACUAAAGCUCACCGCUGACCCCUGACCUCUGAUGACAUCACAGGCCGACACUGAGCUCCGAUUGGCUGUCAUGAGUCGGUGGCGUCGUUCGGUGGACGAGCUGACGGCGGGACGGCGGCGGCAGCAGGCGGAGUGUGAGCGGGCUCAGAACGCGCUGAGCCGCGUCACUUCCUGCUUCCAGCAACUGGCGGCGUCGCUGGGAAGUUCAGCCGACAGCAGCUUCCUGCGGGAGGAGAUGGACGAGACGAGAGCGCUGGCUCACCGGAUCUGCUCAGGUCUGUCUCGCCGCCUGCUGCGCCUGCUGUCAGCCUGUGACUCCGCCCCCGUUGCCUGUGACUCCGCCCCCGUUGCCUGUGACUCCGCCCCCGUUGCCGUGGACGACAGACAUGCUGCAGAACGGCUCUGGGUUCUCUUCCUGUCUGCAGUAGAGAACUUCCUGUCUGACCUCCGGAGGGCCAAAGACCUGAUUGGUCAGUUCCCUCUGACGCAGCGCUCCAGCAGACGCUCACUGGUGAACACAGGAUGUACCGAUGGCCCAGUGGGUCUGGCGGCCCGGGUGGCGCUGGUCCAAAUCCCCUGGCUGGUUCUGGAGGAAGAGCCCAGUCCAGAUCUGACCAAUCACAUUGCGAGCCUGGAGGCCCAGCUGGGUGAGCUGCAGCAGAGGGUCCCAGUGGCGUUCUGGUCAGUGGAGUCGACCCAGCCGGCGUGGGCCGAGGUUCUGAGCGACGCCGAGGAUCCGGAGGAAAGCCUGGAGGACCUGAUGGAGGUGGAGGUGGCGUCCAGCGGCGGUGGCAGCAUCAGGCUGCCCGCCUGCUGCCAGGGAACCUGCUGCUGGGUCGGAUAGGCCCGGAUCGGUUCUGCUGGGCCAACAGAAAUCUUGACCCAGAACGUAGCACAGGAUUAGAAUCAUGAGAAAAUUAUUGCACAGAAAGUUGAGUGGAAGGAAGAAGUGUCCAUCCAUUCAGUCUGAUGGAGCAGACGACCAUGAUCUGGGUCAACAGGUGAUGUGCUGGUUCUGUCGGGUCCAGAGUUAACGCGUCUACCAGAACCUUUAGUCCUCAUGAAGGUUCUGCAGCACAAAAUCCGUUUUAUCGAUGUGAACAUUUCAGUUUGAGACGCUGCAUGUUGGGCUUCCAUCCACAAUCAGGAAAUAUUUCACUUUA